AUGGAGUUGAAACCUUUGCUCAGGAAAUUUGGCACUUUAGUACGUGCGAUACUGACCUUCCUCUUCGCCCUGGUGGUGCUGGGGGUGAUGGUAUGGGCUUACAUCGCUGGCUUCCCAAUCAUCACAUCCCCUUACGGCAUCAUCUCCUUCGGCUUCUACGGUUUGCUUCUCAGCAUCCACGUGCUGAUUCAGAGUCUGUUUGCCUUCAUCGAGCAACGGAGGAUGGCUGCCAGACGCAAGCCCUGCUCCUACACCAAGACAGUGGGCUUCACAAUCUCCGCCUAUCAGGAGGACCCAGCGUACCUGCGUGAGUGCCUGGACUCGGUACGAGCGCUCCAGUAUCCCUCGCACCUGAUGCGCGUCAUCAUGGUGGUGGACGGCAACUCUGACGACGACCUUUACAUGAUGGAGAUGUUCAAGGAGGUCUUCGCUGACCAGGACCCGGGCUGCUUCGUGUGGCAGAACAACUACCACACGUGGGACCCCACCAACGGGGCCAGCCUCGAGCUGGACGCCAGCGACGGCCUUCGGGAAGAGGACCCCCAGAGGAGAGAGGUGGAGGAACUCAUUCAGACCAAGCGCUGCGUUUGCAUCAUGCAGAAGUGGGGAGGCAAGCGGGAUGUGAUGUACACCGCCUUCAAGGCACUGGGAUCGUCAGUGGACUACAUACAGGUGUGUGACUCAGAUACGAAGUUGGACCCCUUGGCUACCUGCGAGCUCGUGAAGGUGCUGGAGAGCAAUCAGAAGUACGGGGCGGUGGGGGGAGACGUCAUGAUCCUCAAUGAGAAGGACUCCUACAUCAGCUUCAUGAGCAGCCUGAGAUACUGGAUGGCUUUCAACAUCGAGCGCUCCUGUCAGUCAUUCUUCGACUGUGUCUCCUGCAUCAGUGGCCCCCUUGGUCUUUACCGUAAUGACUUAUUGCAGCAGUUCUUGGAGGCUUGGUAUAACCAGGAGUUUCUUGGGAGUCACUGCACUUUUGGAGAUGAUCGUCACCUCACAAAUCGCAUGCUGAGCAUGGGCUAUGCCACUAAAUACACAGCUCGAUCCAAGUGUUACACAGAAACUCCAGGACAGUUCUUACGAUGGUUGAACCAGCAGACGCGUUGGACAAAGUCCUACUUCAGGGAGUGGCUGUUCAACGCCAUGUGGUGGCACAAACAUCACCUCUGGAUGACCUACGAGUCCAUCGUGUCAGGAAUCUUCCCCUUCUUCGUCACAGCCACUAUCAUCAAGCUCUUCUGGACAGGCACCUUAUGGGACAUCAUCUGGGUCCUUUGCUGCAUCCAGCUCAUUGGCCUGGUGAAAGCGGCGUAUGCCUGUAUAUUGCGUAGAAACCUGCUGAUGGUGUUCAUGUCACUGUACUCUGCCCUGUAUAUGACCAGUCUCCUCCCUGCCAAGUACUUUGCCAUUAUCACGAUGAACAAGAGUAGCUGGGGCACAUCGGGUCGCCGCAAGAUAGUAGGUAACUACAUUCCCCUAUUACCGCUUUCUAUAUGGGCGGCCAUUUUGUUAGGAGGAAUGUUUUACACCAUCUACAAGGAAACACAGGCGGACUGGAGAACAAUAGAAAAACAGGAGGAGUUGAAAUUUGUAGUCUUUGGAUCGAUAGCGUACAUAUGCUACUGGACUAUCAUGAUUUCAGCAUACUGGCUAGUGUUCUUGAGAGUCUGUCGGAGACGAUCAAAGGCUUACUCUUUAGAAGUUUAGGGAUGUAUGUGGAUAUGU